AUGCGCAACUCUCCUCCGUCGAAAAGCAGUUCAAAUGUUUCCAUCCGAGUAGGUGCUUCUGAACUUCCAACGAAACGCAAAAGCACAACUAUUGUCGGCACAGUGCUUGGUAUUGUUAGUGCUCUCGCCGUUGCUUUGGGUAUCUUUUCAGUUUUCAUCUGGCGAAGGCGUCAGACGGAUAGGUACGCAGAUUCCUCGGACUCUUUCCUCAGAAUGUUUAGUUACAAGGAAUUGAAGAUUGCAACCAGGAAUUUCAAGUCUCAGUUGGGGAGAGGAGGAUUCGGUUCAGUGUUCAAAGGAUCUCUACCAGACGGUACAAUUGUGGCCGUAAAAAGAAUGGAGUGUUCACGACAAGAUGAGAAGCAAUUCCGAGCGGAAAUUAGUUCUCUUGGGAACAUACAUUAUAUGAAUUUGGUAAGGCUUCGGGGAUUUUGUGCACAAGGAUCGAGACGGCUGUUGGUUCAUGAUUACAUGCCCAACUGGAAGACUCGAUUGGAGAUCGCGUUAGGCACUGCAAGAGGGUUACAUUAUCUCCACGAAGAAUGCAGAGAUUGCAUCAUUCACGGCGAUGUCAAGCCCGAAAACAUUCUGCUGGACAGUAAUUUGUCACCCAAGUUAGCGGAUUUCGGGCUGGCAAGGCUUGUGGGUAGAGAUUUUAGCCGUGUGCUGACCACCACAAGAGGAACGAGAGGGUAUUUGGCUCCAGAGUGGAUCUUUGGUCUUCCCAUCUCUACCAAGGUUGAUGUCUACAGUUUUGGUAUGACGUUUUUGGAAAUUAUUUCGGGGGGAAGAAAUAUAGACUUAAACAUGCAAGAUUCAAGUUUGAUUUACUUUCCCGCAUGGGCUGUAACUCAAAUUCAGCAGGGGAAGACAAUUAAUGUUGUGGAGAAGGAUGUUGUAGAGGCGGCAGACAUGGAAGAGGUGAGAAGAGCAUGUGUUAUAGUGUUGUUAUGCAUUCAAGAGGACGACGAAGUAAGGCCAAGCAUGAGGCAAGUGGUGCAGAUGCUAGAAGGAAAGAUGGAGCCUCAACCUCCGCAGAUUCCAAGCUAUGCGUUUAUGGACAAGCAUGUAGACCAAAGCGACAUUCACAGCUAUGGAAGUUACAGUCACUCGGUACUGAGUGGUUUGCUAGUGUAG